AUGCAGUUCGGCACGCUCACGGACUCGCUCCUGAGCAACAUGGGCACGCUCCUCCGCGAGCUCUACGUGCCCCAGGGCGGCGGCGCGGAGCAGGCGGGCGACGCCGGCGGCUCGCCCGUGCGCGCGGCCGCGCUCGAGGCCGAGGAUUUGGAGGCCGGCGCGGCGAAGCACGAAUUUCAGCGGAACGUCGUCUGGUUCGAGAGCGUCCUGAGCCACGCCAUGAAGCAGGUCAAGGGCGACGUGCUCCUGUCCGUGCCGAACAUCGACAUCGAGGACGCCAAGGCCGCGUCCGAGGACUACGACGUCGUCAACCAGCUCGAGGUCGCCAUGGAGUCCUGGUCCAAGCUCGUCGCCACCGUCGUCGAGGCGGAGAACUCGAAGCGGCCCAAGACCAAGGGGCCCCUCGCGGAGAUCGAGUUCUGGCGCCAGCGCAACGCCGCGCUGAGCGCGCUCUACGAGCAGAUCAACAUGCCCAACGUCCAGGACAUCCUCAAGGUGCUCAAGAUGGCCGACGCCCAGAUGGUCGCGACCUUCAACUACAACUUCGGCGAGCUCCAGAAGCUCUACGUCGAGGCGAAGGACAACGUCAAGUUCCUGACGACGCUCGAGCGCCACUUCAAGAACAUCACGCACGGCUCCUUCACGACCAUCCUGGACACGCUGCCGUCCAUGAUGAACGCCAUCCGCAUGGUCUGGAUCAUCUCGCGCCACUACAACACGGAUCUGCGCAUGGUCCCGCUCAUGGAGCGCAUCGCCUACAAGAUCGCGGAGAAGGUCGAGACGGAGGUGAACAUCAAGACGAUCCUGCGGCGGUCGCCCGAGCAGGCGAAGAAGGUCAUCAAGGAGGCACAGACCGUGCUCAACUCCUGGGAGAGCACCUACAUGUCCGUGCGCCAGCGCAUCGAGGAGAGCGGCACGCACAUCCGCUGGGAGUUCGACCGGAAGCGGCUCUUCGAGCUCACAAAGUACAUGGCGCACGUCUGCGGCCACCUCUUCGAGGUCGCGACGGUCCUCGACCAGUUCCACAAGUUCCUGGGCCCGGAGCUCAAGGCCGUCACGGGCGAGUCCGACGGCAUCGACCAGGUCAUGGAGCGCGUCGAGCGCCUGGUCGAGCCGCUCGAGUCCGUGCCCUUCAACAUCUUCGACCGGCGCUACAAGGAGUCCUGGUCCAAGGUCAUGGACAACUUCCACGACCACGUCGAGCAGAUCGAGGACAUGACGCGGUCCUUCAUCGAGCAGUCCUUCCAGAAGCUGCGCUCCGCGGAGGGCGCGGUCCGGGGCGGGAAAAGCGCGCGAAACUUCAAAGGCUCCUCUCUCGGCCGUUGCGCGUUCGAGCUCGUCGAGAACUUCCGGAACAUCCAGAGCCGCGAGUCCAUCAACCAGCAGAUCAACGACCGCUACAAGGACAUUCUGCAGCAGUACACGAAGGAGCUCGAGGCGAUCCACGGCAUCUUCGACACGCACCGCGAGAAUCCGCCCAUCUACAAGAACUUCCCGCCCGUCGCGGGCGCGGUCGCGUGGGCGCGGGAUCUGUACCAGCGCGCGAAGAAGCCCGUGCUGCGCUUCAAGGCCCACGAGGGCCUCCUGUCGACGGAGUACGGCGAGCAGGUGAAGCAGCGCUACCUGACCUUCGCGCGCGCCGUCGACGCGUACAUCACGUCGCUCUACCGCGAGUGGGAGGCGCACGUGCAGCAGGUCGCGACGGAGAAGCUCAAGCAGCCCAUCCUCGCCGCCGCGGGCAAGGAGGCCAAGGGCGACGCCGGCGAGGGCGACGGCGAGGCGCCGGCGCCCGACGCCGUCAAGGGCGCGAGUGGCCGCAACAAGUCGGCCGCGAAGUUCAAGAUGCCGCCGCCGCCGUACCGCGUCAACUUCGUCGCGGAGCUGUCGCUGAUCAUCCGCGAGUCCAAGUACCUGGACCGCAUGGGCUUCGCGAUCCCCGACGCGGCGCUGAACGUGACGCUCCAGGAGGACAAGUACCACAGCUACCGCCAGAACCUGCAGCUGAAGCUGCGGAAGUACGACGCGUUGCUCGCGUCGCUGAGCCCCGUGGAGUCGGAGCUGCUCGUGCGCCAGCUCGCCGUGCUCCAGCGGGUCCUACGCACGGGCUUCACGCCGCUGAACUGGAACUCGCAGCGCAUCCCCUUCUUCAUCGAGGCCUGCGACAAGGCGCUCAACGAGUUCGCGGGCGUCGUGAGCCAGAUCCAGAAGAGCUCGACGAUGAUCGACGAGAUCGUCGCGGCCAUCGAGGGCACGGUGCUCGCCCAGGCCAUCGACCUGCGAUCCGACGGCCGCACGGGCGCGCCCGUGCUGACGGACGUCACGGAGUUCUACGAGGCCAUGGAGACGAAGCGCGUCGCGCGGCUCCAGAAUUUGGUGCAAAAGUACCGGUCCAUCGAGUCGUUGCUCAAAAAGGUCGAGGAGGUCGUCGCGACGUCCAACAACGGCAACUCGCCCCUCCUCGCGGGCUACUACAAGCUCUGGGAGAAGCGCAUCUUCAACGCGAUCACGAUGAUGAUCACGAAGUCGCUCGCGGCGUUCCAGGAGAUGCUGCGCCACGAGGACUGCACGCCGUUUAUUUUGGUAAAAUGCACGCUCAACGGCAAGGACCUCGUCGUGACGCCGCCGCCGAGCGACCUCAACAAAUAUUUCACGAAGGCCGUGAAGAACAUCGUCGAGUCCGCGAAGGUCUUCGUCCGCUGGAAGCGCGGCACGUGCCUCGAGUGCGAGCCCCAGGUCGUCCACGAGGACGAGGAGCCCUUCGUCUUCUCCUUCUUCCAGGACGUGUCGUCCAACCAGCACAUCGUCGCGCUGCAGCGGUCGCUCACGGCGAACAUCCAGAACCUGACGAUGUCGUCGGGCAAGAUCUCCAACUACCUCGAGUCGUGGACGAUCUACGACCGCAAGUACAAGCUCUGGGACGCCAAGGCGCGCGCGAACCUGGAGAAGCUCCACGACAACCCGCCGUCCUUCGUCUUCUUCGACGCGAAGCUUUCCUUCUACGCGGCGCUCAGCGAGCAGGCCGUCGCGCAGGACGCGCGGUCGUCCAUCGAGUUCAUCCACAUCGACGCGUCGGCCGUCGCCGAGGGCAUCGCGAGCCAGGCGCUCCAGUGGCGCGACCAGUACGGCGACAUUCUACGGGUCGCCUCCAAAAAGGCCAUGGACGUGCUGACGGAGAAGAUCGAGGCCUACGAGAAGGACAUGGCCAUCGAGCCCGAGGAUCUGGAGGCGUUAAAAUUCGUGCUCAACACGAUCACGACGAUCACGGACGAGUCCAUGGACAUGGAGCUGAAAUAUUUCGACGUCAUGGAGCGCUACCGCACGCUGCAGCGCUACGACGUCGCCGUCGCCGAGGAGGAGUCGUCCGUCGCCGCGGGCCUCGCCGCGCGGUGGCACGCGCUCUACUGCACGGCGAAGACGAAGGACCUGCGGCUGGCCAAGGUCAAGGAGGAGUUCCGCGAGGUCACGACGCAGCAGGCCGCCGAGUUUUUGGAGGAGCUGAAACUGAUGAACAAGCAGUUCUACGACAGCGGGCCCGCGUCCAUCAGCGUGACGCUCGAGGACGGCGUCGCGCUCUUGGUCGACUACAAGCGCACGCUGGCCAAGUGCCACGCGAAGAAGAGCGAGCUCGUCAACGCGGAGAACCUCUUCGACCUCGAGAUCACGCCCUACCCGGACUUUAUGGAGUUCCGGACGACCAUGUCCGAGUCGCUCUGGGGCGAGCUCGACAUCAACGCGCUCAAGGGCGGCGUCGAGACCGCGGAGAAGCAGAUGCGCAAGCUGCCCGGGGACCUCAAGGAGAACUCGAAGUUCAAGGCCGUCGAGACGGUCAUCGCGAACUUCAAGGAGUCGCUGCCCGUCAUCGUCAACCUCAAGAACGAGGCCAUGAAGGACCGCCACUGGAACAAGCUCACGGAGGUGACGGGCGUGCCCAUCGACAACGUCAAGUCCAUCACGCUCGCGAAGAUCUUCGCCAUGGAGCUCCAGAACUUUGGGGAGGCCAUCGACGAGAUCGUCCUCGAGGCCAUCAACGAGCUGAAGAUCGAGAACGAGAUCCGCGCGAUCGAGUCGACGUGGGCGUCGACGAAUCUCGACGUGCGCGUCUACUCCAAGGACGGCACGCAGCGCGGCUUCAUCCUCGGCGGCGCCGAGGAGAUCAAGCUGAACCUGGAGGACAACAUGCUGAACCUCCAGACCAUGUCCGGGUCGCGCUUCGUCGGCGCGUUCGCGCAGAAGGUGAGGUCCUGGGAGAAGACGCUGAACCUCGUCAACGAGACGCUCGACGUCUGGUUCAACGUGCAGCGCCAGUGGAUGUACCUCGAGUCCAUCUUCGUCGGCAGCGAGGACAUCCGCAUGCAGCUCCCGGAAGAAGCCAAGAAGUUCGACGCGAUCAACAAGGCCUUCAAGGGCAUCAUGACGUCGACGAACCAGCAGCCCAACGUCAUCAAGGCCUGCACGUCCAACAACUGCUUCGACGUCCUCACGAACCUCGGCGAGCGCCUCGACAAGUGCCAGAAGAGCCUCACGGACUACCUCGACACGAAGCGCAACGCCUUCAGCCGCUUCUACUUCAUCUCCGACGACGAGCUCCUCUCCGUGCUCGGCUCGAGCGAUCCGACGUCCAUCCAGGUCCACAUGCUCAAGCUCUUCGACAACGUCAAGGAGCUCAUCUUCGCGCGCAACGCCAAGUCCGUCACGGGCAUGGUCGCGUCGGAGAAGGAGAGCUUCAACCUCGACCCGCCGUCGCCCAUCGACGGGCCCGUCGAGGUCUGGAUGACCAAGGUCGAGGAGUCGAUGAAGGAGUCGCUCCACGGCAUCACCAAGGCGGGCGUCUACAACUACGCGCAGAUGGACCGCGGCGACUGGAUCCUCGACGCGAACACGCUCGGCAUGGUCACGCUCGCGGGGUCGCAGAUCUGGUGGACCUGGGAGGUCGAGGACGCCUUCCGCCUCGUGGGCACGGGCGACAAGUACGCGCUGAAGAACCUGGAGCAGAAGCUCACGGGGCAGCUCAACGACCUGGUCGCGAUGGUCCGGACGAGCCUGAACAAGAUCAACCGGAAGAAGGUCAACACGCUCCUCAUCAUCGACGUCCACUCGCGCGACAUCGUCGACAGCUUCAUCCGCGAGUCCAUCCUCCACGCCAAGGAGUUCGCCUGGGAGAGCCAGCUCCGCUUCUACUGGGACCGCGACAUCGACGACUGCGUCAUCAAGCAGUGCACGGGCUUCUUCCGCUACGGCUACGAGUACAUGGGCCUCAACGGCCGCCUCGUCAUCACGCCCCUGACGGACCGGUGCUACAUGACGAUCACGCAGGCGUUGACCUUCAAGCUCGGCGGCUCGCCCGCGGGGCCCGCGGGCACGGGCAAGACGGAGACGGUCAAGGACCUGGCCAAGUCGCUCGCGCUGCCCUGCUUCGUCAUCAACUGCGGCGAGGGUCUGGACUACAAGGCCAUGGGCUCCAUCUUCAGCGGCCUCGUCCAGGCCGGCGCCUGGGGCUGCUUCGACGAGUUCAACCGCAUCAACAUCGAGGUGCUGUCCGCGCAGCUCCGCAGUAUCCAGAACGCGCUCAUCUACGACAAGCCGUCCUGCGACAUCGGCAUGGGCGAGAUCUUCGUCAAGCGCGUCGCCGGGUUUGCGACGUGCGGCUUCUUCAUCACGAUGAACCCGGGCUACGCGGGCCGCACGGAGCUCCCGGACAACCUGAAGGCGCUCUUCCGGCCCGUGACGAUGAUCGUGCCCGACCUGCAGAUGAUCUGCGAGAUCAUGCUCUUCUCCGAGGGCUUCGAGGGCGCCAAGGUCCUCGCGCGCAAGAUGACCGUGCUCUACAAGCUCUCGAAGGAGCAGCUCUCGAAGCAGUACCACUACGACUUCGGGCUGCGGUCGCUGAAAUCCGUGUUAGUGAUGGCCGGCGGCCUCAAGCGCGAGUAUUCGGAUUUACCGGAGGAUCUCGUGCUCAUGCGCGUGCUCCGCGACUCGAACAUGCCCAAGUACGUCUUCGAGGACGUGCCCCUCUUCAAGGGCCUCAUCACGGACCUCUUCCCCGGCCUCGACGCGCCGCGCGUCGGCUACGAGGAUUUGAAGGUCGAGGUCGCCCUGGAGCUCGAGAAGGGCGGCUACAAGUGCUCCGACGAGGCCGUCCACAAGGAGCAGAUCGACAAGGUCAUCCAGAUGUACGAGACCAUGAUCGUGCGCCACACGACGAUGAUCGUCGGCCCCACGGGCGGCGGCAAGACGCUCGUGCUCGACACGCUGAAAUCCGCGCGCCUCGCCGCGGAGAACGUGCUCGUGCGCUACUGGGUCAUCAACCCCAAGGCCCAGCCGCUCCACGAGCUCUACGGCAUCAUGGACCCGGUCACGCGCGACUGGACCGACGGCGUCCUGAGCCGCCUCUUCCGCGAGCUCAACGAGCCCCUGCCCAAGGGCAAGGAGAACGAGAUGCGGUGGAUCAUCUACGACGGCGACGUCGACGCGGUCUGGGUCGAGAACAUGAAUUCGGUCAUGGACGACAACCGGCUGCUGACGCUCCCCAACGGCGAGCGCAUCCGGCUCCAGCCCCACUGCGCCAUGAUCUGCGAGACCUUCGACCUCCAGUACGCGUCGCCCGCGACGAUCUCGCGGUGCGGCAUGGUCUGGGUCGACCCGAAGAACCUGGGCUACCGGCCCUUCUACGAGCGCUGGGUGCGCAAGCGCUGCGGCAACGGCCGCGACAUCGCGCCGGACAAGGAGGAGGAGGCGGGCCACCUCGAGGCGCUCUUCGACCAGUACGUCACCAAGUGCAUCGACUACGUGCAGUUCGGUUUGGUCGACGGCGAGCUCGGCGCGAAGCUGCGGUCCGUCAUCCCCAUCACGUCCAUCGACAUGAUCAAGCAGCUCACGACGGCGCUCGACGCCUUCCUCGGCCCGCUCUACGAGCACAUGCCCCCGGAGACGCUGCCCGAGCGCGACGACAUCGAGAACGUCUACGCGUUCUGCGUCAACUGGUCCAUCGGCGCGGCUUUGCUGGGGUCGUCCAUGGAGCUCUUCAACGCCUUCGUGAAGAAGAUCGCGACCUGCGGCCUGCCCGACGGCUUGAUCGCGGACAACGUCUUCGACCCGGAGAGCAAGCGGUGGGAGAAGUGGUCCGCGCGCGUCGCGGAGUACGUCGAGCCGUCGCCCUUCCGGUUCUACGAGAUCAUCGUGCCGACGACGGAUUCCACAAAGUUCAGCCACCUGCUCCAGGAGAUGGCGCCGCGGAAGCCCAUCCUCUUCGUCGGCGCGUCGGGCACGGCGAAGACGACGAUCAUCAACGACUACCUCGGCUCGCUCGACGACGAGGUGUCGACGCGGCUCACGCUCGGCUUCUCGAGCCGCACGUCCUCCAAGGACGUGCAGACGAACAUCGAGGCCAACGUCGACAAGCGCACGGGCAACUUCUACGGGCCGCCCGUCGGCAAGAAGCUCACGAUCUUCAUCGACGACAUGAACAUGCCCAAGGUCGACACCUACGGCACGCAGCAGCCCAUCACGCUGCUCCUCACCUUAAUUUCCCGGGGCUUCAUCUACGACCGCGAGAAGGACCUCACGCAGAAGAUUUUGAAGGAUCUGUGCUACAUCGGCGCGAUGGGGCCGCCGGGCGGCGGCCGCAACAAGGUCGACACGCGCUUCGUCGCGCUCUUCUCCGUCUUCAACCUGCCGGACCCGGCCCAGGAGGUGCUGACGCACAUGUACAGCGCGAUCAUCUCCCAGAACCUCCGCGACUUCGCGCCGAACGUCAAGGACGUCGGCGCGAAGUUCCCCGAGGCCAUGCUCAAGCUCUUCGCCUUCAUCGUCGAGUCGCUGCCGCCGACGCCGGCCAAGUUCCACUACAUCUUCAACCUGCGGGACCUGAGCCGCGUCACGGAAGGCAUCUGCCUCGCGACGCCGGAUACCUUCGACACGUCGUGGUCCAUCGUCCGCCUCUUCCGCAACGAGGUCCAGCGCAUCUUCUGCGACCGCCUCGUCUCCGAGGCGGAUCUCACAUUAGUCGAGGGCAAGGUCUCCGAGCUCAUCGGCGAGGCCUUUCCCGAGUGCAAGGACGAGGCGCUCGAGAACCCGCUCGUCUUCGGCGACUACAAGCACGCGGUGCGGCGCCUCACGGAGGAGGCGGAGGACCCGAGGCUCUACUGCGACAUGGGCAGCCUCGAGGGCACGCGCAAGAUCUUCGACGCCGUCAUGGAGAACUACAACAUGGACAACUCGCCGAUGACGCUCGUGCUCUUCGAGCAGGCUUUGGAGCAUUUGACGCGCGUGCACCGCAUCAUCCGCCUGCCGCGGGGCAACGCUUUACUCAUCGGCGUCGGCGGCAGCGGCAAGCAGUCGCUGACGCGCCUCGCGGCCUACUGCGCGGGCUACGACAUCUUCAACAUCUCGCUCGUGCGCAACUACGGCGAGGACGAGUUCCGCGCGGACCUGAAGACCUUAUAUACGAAGCUCGGCGAGAAGGAGGUCGUCUUCCUCUUCACGGACGCCCACGUGGCCCAGGAGGGGUUCCUCGAGUUCCUGAACAACAUGCUCACGACGGGCAUGGUGCCCGCGCUCUACGAGCAGGACGAGCGCGACCAGCUCUGCAAUUCCGUGCGGAAGCAGGUCAAGGAGCUCGGCAUCAUCGACACGCCGGACAACCUCUGGAAGUACUACGUGUCCAAGUGCCAGAACAACCUGCACAUCGUGUUGGCCAUGUCGCCGAGCGGCGACAAGCUGCGGCUCCGGUGCCGGUCGUUCCCGGGCCUCAUCUCGAACGCGGUCAUCGACUGGUUCUUCCCCUGGCCCGAGGACGCGCUCUCCAAGGUGGCCAACUACUUUUUGGCGGAGGUGCCCCUGCCCGCGGAGAACCGCGAGGCCAUCGUGCAGCACCUCGUCUACAGCCACACGCACGUCGCGACGCGCUUCGCGACGGUGCUCCGGCGCUACUACUACGUGACGCCCAAGAACUACCUGGACUACAUCCAGAACUACCAGUCCCAGCUCUCCCUCAACGAGAAGAAGGUCGACUCGAGCGUCAAGCGCCUCAGCGGCGGCCUGAGCAAGCUCGUCGACGCGGCCAAGGACGUCGACCGCAUGUCCAUCGAGCUCACGGACGCCAAGGUCAUCGUCGACGCCAAGACCACGGACGUCGAGGCCCUCAUCACCCAGAUCCAGGAGAAGACGAAGAUCGCCAACGAGCAAAAGGCCGAGGCGACGAUCAAGCAGGAGCAGGCCUCCGAGCAGGCCGUCGUCAUCGCGACGGAGAAGCAGAAGGCCGACGACGCGCUCAGCGAGGCCAUCCCGGCCCUCGAGCAGGCCGAGUCCGCCCUCGCGAACCUCCACAAAGAGGACAUCACGGAGAUCAAGAACUUUGCGAAGCCGCCGAAGCUCGUGCAGGACGUCUGCCUCAUGGUCGUGUGCCUGCGCCCCACGGGCGAGAAGCUCGACGAGACCUGGGCCGACGCGAAGAAGAUGCUGUCCAAUUCCCAGCUCCUCGACAAGCUGAAGAAGUACCCGAAGGCGCGCGGCCCGCGUCCCGACAACAUCACGGAGAAGAUGAUGAAGAGCGUCCGGAAAUACUUCAAGGAUCCGAACAUGACCGUCGAGAAGAUGGAGUCCAUCUCCAAGGCCGGCAAGGGCCUCCUCGUCUGGGUCGUCGCCAUCAGCAAGUACUACGACGUCGCCAAGAACGUCGAGCCCCUCAAGGCCAAGGUGCGCGAGAUGGAGAAGGGCCAGGCGAAGACGGAGCGCGAGCUCGCGGAGCUCAACGCGGCGCUCAUGGAGAAGCGGCUGACGGCCGCGUCGAAGCUCAUCAGCGGCCUCACGGGCGAGCGCACGCGCUGGACGGCGGACAUCGAGUCCCUGAACAAGAACAAGGUCCAGCUCGUCGGCGACUGCCUCCUCGCGGCGUCGUUCCUCAGCUACUCGGGCGCGUUCACGCACGACUUCCGCACGGUCAUGAUCUACGAGACGUUCGUCAAGCGCAUCGCCGACCUGAAGGUCCCCGUGACCGAGACCUUCCAAUUGGAAUCCUUCCUCAGCAGCGACGCCAUCAUCCAGGGCUGGACGGCCAAGGGCCUGCCCGCGGACGAGCACAGCAUCCAGAACGGCAUCCUGACGACGGCCGCGUCGCGGUUCCCGCUCUGCAUCGACCCGCAGCAGCAGGCCGUGGGCUGGAUCAAGGCCAUGUACUCCAAGUCGCAGCUCAAGGUGAAGACGCUGAGCGAGGCCGACUUCAUGAAGCACCUCGAGCUCGCAAUCCAGUUCGGCACGCCGUUCCUCUUCGAGAACGUCGACGAGGAGCUCGACCCCAUGCUCGACCCCAUCCUGGAGAAGAACACCUUCGUCGAGAGCGGCCAGAAGCUCAUCCAGCUCGGCGACAAGAAAGUCCAGUGGGACGAGGGCUUCCGCCUCUUCUUCACGACCAAGCUCGGCAACCCGCACUACAGCCCCGAGGUCAUGUCGAAGACGAUGAUCAUCAACUACUCCGUCACGGGCGACGGCCUCGCGAACCAGCUCCUCAACGUCGUCGUCGCCCACGAGCGGCCGGACCUCGAGUCGCAGUACGCGGAGCUCGUGUCCCAGAUGUCCGAGAGCGCUUUGAUGAUCGUCCAAUUGGAGGACACGCUCCUCCGCGAGCUCUCGUCGUCGUCGGGCAACAUCCUAGACAACGAGGACCUCAUCGCCACGCUCGACGAGACAAAAACGAAAGCCGAGGAGAUCAAGGGCAAGCUGGAACAGUCCAAGUUCACGAAGGACGAGAUCUCCAAGGCGCGGAGCGGCUACACGCCCGUCGCGAAGCGCGGGUCCAUCCUCUACUUCGUCAUGGCGUCGCUGUCGACGAUCAACGCCAUGUACGAGACGUCGCUCGACUCCUUCCUGGGCGUCUUCAACGGCGCGCUGGACAACGCGAAGCGCGACGUCGUGCUGGACUCGCGGCUGAAGAACAUGAUGGAGUCGGUCAUGCGCGAGAUCUACGACUACACGUGCACGGGCAUCUUCGAGCGCCACAAGCUCAUGUUCGCCUUCCAGAUGACCUGCCAGGUCCAGGACGGCGACGGGAACCUGGUGCGGCCCGAGCUCGACGCGUUCCUCAAGGGCGACACGGGGUUGGACGCGCCGAAGCGGCCGUCGCCCGUGCCGUGGCUCGGCGCGGCGUCCUGGAAGGAUCUGCUGGCCCUCUGCGCCAUGGGCGACCACUUCGACGCGUUGCGGCGCGACUUCGAGGCCCACACGGACACGUGGAAGGCCUGGUACGAUCUGGAGGCGCCCGAGUCCGUCGACUUCCCCGACGGCCACUCCGACGGCCUGACGCCGCUGCAGAAGCUCUGCGUCAUGCGCGUCUUCCGCGCGGACCGCGUCUACAACGCCGUCAAGCUCUACGUCAUCGCGUCCAUCGGCGAGAAGUACGUCCAGCCGCCCGUGCUCGACUACGGCCGCAUCUUCGCGCAGUCGAACGAGCGGAGCCCCAUGGUCUUCAUCCUCUCGCCGGGCGCGGACCCGCAGUCCGACAUCCAGCUCCUCUGCGACGAGAAGGGCUUCACGUCCAAGUUCCGCUUCAUCGCGUUGGGCCAGGGCCAGGGGCCCAAGGCCGAGGAGCUCAUCGACCAGGGCACGGCGAAGGGCCACUGGGUGCUGUUGCAGAACUGCCACCUGCUCGUGUCCUGGCUGAAGAAGCUGGAGAAGCGCCUCGAGCUCAUGAAGGCGCCGCACAAGGACUUUCGACUCUGGCUCACGACGGAGCCGUCGAACAAGUUCCCCCUCGGCAUCCUGCAGCGGUCGCUCAAGGUCGUCACGGAGCCGCCGGACGGCCUCAAGCUCAACAUGCGCGCGACGUUCAGCAAGAUCGACCAGACCGUGCUCGACGAGUGCCCCCACCCGGCCUUCCGGCCCUGCCUCUUCGUUUUAGCCUGGCUCCACGCCGUCGUCCAGGAGCGGCGCAAGUACGGCAAGAUCGGCUGGAACGUCAACUACGACUUCAACGAGUCCGACUUCCAGAUCUCGCGGAAGCUCCUGUCGCUGUACCUGAAGAAGGCCUUCGAGGACGAGGACGAGUUCCUGCCCUGGGGCUCGCUCAAGUACUUGAUCGGCGACGCGAUGUACGGCGGCCGCGUGUCGGACAACAUGGACCGGCGCGUGCUCUCCACGUACCUCACGGAGUACAUGGGCGACUUUCUGUUCGACGAGUGCCAGAAGUUCUUCUUCAGCCAGGCCGGCUAUGAUUUUGAUUUGCCGGAGACGGGGCCGCUGGAGAACUACACGGAGCACAUCGAGCGGCUGCCGCUGACGAACAGCCCGGCCGUCUUCGGGUUACAUCCGAACGCGGAGAUCGGCUUCUACAGCAACGCGACGAAGAGCAUGUGGCGCGACCUCAUCAGCCUCCAGCCCCGCAGCGCGUCGGCGGGUGGCGGUUUGAGUAGAGACGAGAUCAUCUCCAACGCGGCCAAGGACAUCCAGUCCAAGGUGCCGCUCGAGAGCCUCGACAUCGGCUCCUACGACACGAUGAUCGUGCGGUCGACGCUCUACGAGCGCAACGGCACGCAGACGCCGACGCCCUGCCAGGUCGUGCUGUUGCAGGAGCUCGAGCGCUGGAAUCUGCUCGUCAUCAAGAUGGCCGUGACGCUCAGCGAUCUGCAGCGCGCGUUCAAGGGCGAGAUCGGCAUGUCCGACGAGCUCGAUAGUCUGGGCGUCUCGCUCUUCAACGGCUUCAUCCCCGACGGCUGGAAGAAGCUCAUGCCCAACACGCAGAAGCCCCUGGGCUCCUGGAUGGUCCACUUCAUCGAGCGCUACGCGCAGUACGACAAGUGGAUCAAGGUCGGCGAGCCCGCCGUCAUCUGGCUCAGCGGGCUGGGCAUCCCCGAGUCCUACCUCACGGCCCUCGUGCAGACGACGUGCCGCAUGCUCAACUGGCCCCUGGACAAGUCGACGAUGUCGACGAAGGUGACGUCUUUCGUCGACGUGAAAGAAGUCCCCGGCGCGCUCGACAGCGGCACCUACGUGCGCGGGCUCUAUUUGGAGGGCGCGGCCUGGGACCACGAGCACUCCUGCCUCAAGCGCCAGGACCCCAAGGUCCUGGUCGUCGAGCUGCCCAUCCUCCAGGUCAUCCCCAUCGAGGCGUCCAAGGUCAAGACCCACGGCGUCUUCAUCACGCCGGUUUAUGUGACCCAGGACCGGCGCAACGCCAUGGGCGUCGGACUCGUCUUCGAGGCGAACCUCGACUCGGAGCAGCACACGUCCCACUGGGUGCUGCAGGGCGUGAGUCUGAGCCUGAACACGGACGCGUGA